AUGAUUAAUGCACUUUUUUGGAAUAUUAGAGGAGUUUCUAAGGCUCCUAAUUUGAGAAGGCUUAAAAAGUUAAUUCGGUUGUAUAGUGUUCAGUUGGUAGCUAUUUGUGAACCAAAACUAGAUGUGGUGAGCAUUGAGUCCAUGCGUGUUCGGUUAUCGUUUGAUGUCGUGGUGGUGAACUUGUCAGAAGACAUUUGGGUUUUUAUAAUUUACUGUUUGUUUGUUCGAUUGCUGGAAAUUCUUCUCAGCAUAUUUCGCUUUGGUGCAUCAUCCGUGGAUGCCCCAAGCCUUGCGCUUCUCGUUUGUGCAUGCCAAGUGCACAGUGGAGGAGCGGCAAGGCUGUGGCAAGCUUUAUUGCUUGAGAAACCGGCGUCUCAACCAUGGUGUAUCUGCGGGGACUUCAAUGUGACCAUCUCUCCUCAUGAAAAGAAGGGGGCCGUCCUUUUGGCGUCUCGGAGGGAUUGGAACUCAUGUUCUAGUUUCACUUGGUGCAACAAUCGUCACGGAAGGGCUAGAAUCUGGAAGAGGUUGGAUAGGCUUCUAGUCAAUGCGGAUGCUCGACUUACCGGCGCAUUUCGCUUGGCAGGAGGAUCACCCAUGUGGGUUCUGUCUUCCAAACUGAUACAUACUAGACGUUCCAUCCAGGAGUGGAAUAAGCACACGUUUGGGAACAUAUUUGAUGCGUCACGUGAGGCUGAGUGUGCAGUGUGUAGGGCAGAGGCAAGGUUGGAGACUGAAGGAUCAGAUGAGGCUCAAGUGGAGCUUAAUCUCGCACAGGCGCAGAUGAAUCAUGCUUUGUCAGUCGAAGAGCAGUUUUUGGAGGCAGAAGGCAAGGGUGAAAUGGUUACGUCACGGGGAUGGCAACUCCAAAUUCUUCCAUGCUGUCUUGAGGCAGAGGCGGUGCAAGGGGUCAUUCAUAGGAUUAGGAACGUGCAUGGUGCUUGGGUCGAAACGGACGACGAGAUAUCCAAUGAAGCUAAUGCUCACUUGGAGUCUGAUCCAUCUUUCGAGGAGGUGCGGAGGAUCGUUUUUGACAUGGACGGUGAGAGUGCUGCUGGUUCGGACGGUUUCACCGGGUUUUUCACUUUUGCUUGGGAGGUGAUUGGGCAAGAUAUUUAUAAUGCGGUGUUGAGCUUCUUCUGCGGGGUGGAGUUACCUCGCUUUGUCACCUCUACUUCUAUAUAUCUUGCUCCCGAAAGGCCCGAACCCUCAGGAUUUCUCGCAGUUCAGACCGAUUAG